AUGGCAUUUGAACGUAAACAUGUCUCGAGGCUUGUGCCUGCAGAUCACAAGAUCCUCAUGCCUCUCCUUCUGGCGGUGACCAUCGUGAACUCGGCUACACUAGGUUACGACUCGUCCGUUAUGAAUGGCCUGUUGAUCUUGCCGUCCUACUCCGAAUACUUCCACUUGACAACGGCCACUGAAGGUCUCAAUAAUGCGGCCAAUUGGAUGGGCAGCAUCUUCGGUGCUUUUCUCAUGGGCCCUAUUCCCGACCACUUCGGCCGCCGACGUGCAAUCUACAUCGCAUCCAUCGUAACCACAAUCGGCAUCAUCUUGCAGGCUGCUGCUCAAAACAUACCCAUGUUUGUGGUCGCCCGUUUUCUUGUUGGUGUUGGAUCCGCUAUCAGUAAUGGCGCUGCACCAACCCUUCUCGGCGAGUUGCUCCCUCCGCGUCGACGAGCCCGUGUUCUUGGGUUGUUCUUCUCCUGCUUUUACGUCGGUAGUCUGGCCUCGGCAAUCAUCAACUACGGAAGUCAAAACUUACAGAGUACAUGGGCUUGGCGACUACCUUCACUUCUCCAGUUUGUUCCCAGCUUAUUGGCUGUUAUGAUCGUUCCAUUCGUGCCGGAAUCUCCACGAUGGUUGAUCUCUAAGGAUCGGAACGAGGAAGCGCUCGAAGUUCUCGUCAUCAUGCAAGGGAAGGACAAGACUGACCUUCAGAAGGGAAGUGAGCAGCUGGAAGAAAUCAGAAGCACAAUCCUGCGCGAAGCUCAAGAAUAUCCUCGCAACCCUUGGAGGGAGAUGAUUUCCAGUGGGCCCAACAGGCGCAGACUGGCGAUUCUAUGCAGCUUUGGACCCAUGAUCAACUUGUUUGGUAACUUCAUCAUAUCCUUCUACCUCACCAAGAUCCUCAAUCAGGCGGGCAUAACCAACACGACAACUCAAACACAGAUCCAGGUUAUCAUCAACUGCUGGUCAUUCGCGGUCGCUGUACUCGGCAGUUUCAUGCUUGACAUUCUUGGGCGCAGAUUACAGACUUUCAUCGGUGUUGGGGGCAUGGUUGUUACUCUCUUGCUCAUCGGUGGUCUCAUCAAGCGUAGGUUUCAGUAUUUGUUUAGCCUGAUGCUUGCUAACGAAAUUUCCAAAGGUUUCGGCGAAAGCACCAAUAAUUCCGCCAUUUACGGGACUAUUGCUGUUAUUUUUCUCUUCCAAGGAUUUUACGCAUUUUCGAUCACUCCAAUGACAAGCUUGUAUCCAACCGAGGUCUCGCCAUUCAAACUUCGUGCUACCGGCAUCGCCAUCUUCCGCAUGCUUGACUCUAGUGCUGGCCUCCUUGCCUCCUUUGCCAUGGCUUAUGCAAUGGCUGAUCUGGGAUGGAAGUUCUACUUCAUCAAUGCUUCAUGGGACUUCAUAUUUCUUAUCAUCGCUUAUUUCACCUUCGUGGAAACGAAGGGUUUGGAACUCGAAGAGAUCAAUGCGAAAUUCGGGGACUCGACUGUGGUGGAGGCUGUGGUGGAAGACUCCGCAUCCGAUGACAUGGGUAGUAAGGAUGAGGGCUGGAUGGUAAAAAUGCAGCCCCAGUAA